AUGGUCAAGUCCCACAGCAAAGGCAGCAACCUGCUCCCCCUCAUCCUCCUCCUCAUCUUCGUCGCCGUGCUUGCCGUGGUCGGCUAUAUCGUCUACAGCAUUGUGCAGGAUGUGGGCAAGAACACCCGCGCGAAGAUGGAACGGAAGAACAUCGCUAUUACCAAGGAUGGCGUGAAGGUGCAAGUCCGAGAGAUUCGCGACGAGCAGUACAAGGACAAGACGCAGAGCGUCCUGGUCAACAUGUGGAAUCAUACGAAAUUCCCCGCGUACAAGAGUCGACUGUGGAGUAAUGCGGGCCAGGAGUCUGAGAGUGCCGCGAAGCGCAGGUCGUGA